UCCACCAAACCGCGUUUCCCUCUUCCAUCUCUUUACAAAAACACCACCAAGCCCACCUCCAUUUUCACCUUCCUCUCUUCGUCUCCCUCAAUAUGAACUUUUCACAACACCAUUUCUCUAACUAUGGCGGCUCUUUAUAGCUCUUUUCUAAAACUCUUACUCUUUCUUUCUGUUCUUCCAUUCAUUUCUUCACUUUCUACUGUUUCAAUUUCCGAAACUUCUAACGAGCCUUUGAUAUGUGCAUUGGUUCUUUCCCCGAAUGGAAACUCAUCUUUUCUAAACUGUUCUAGUUCAGGAAUUGGAAAUUCUAACGUUUCGUUUUCGGGCGUUGUUGCCGGAGAUGGGUUCGUGUGUGGUCUGAGAAACUUUGCUACUUCAUAUGCUUCUGCUAUGAAUUGCUGGAGGUUUUCUUCAAACGGUACGGUUAUGGAAUACAAGAGAAUUUAUCAAGGUCCGGCUCUUCACCAACUUGAAGCGGGAAACUCUCAUAUUUGCGGCGUUGAGAACGAUACUAAUCGCCUUCAAUGCUGGCAAUGGCCUGAGUUCAAUUCAAGUUUGAGGUUUUCGAGUAUCGCCGUUGGUCAAGAUUUUGUUUGCGGGUUAUCCGAAACCGGCAGGAUUAGUUGCAAUAAUGGAAAUAAUGUGACUUCCACCGUCAUUGAUCAAGUGCCCGAUGGGAAUUACAGUGUGAUUGAUGCGGGAUUUAGCCAUGCUUGUGCGAUAAGUUUGGAUCAUAGUUUGCGGUGUUGGGGAGAUGAGGUGGGCGAAACGCCGCGAGAUAUGUUCAACGCUUUGGCCUUGGGGGAAAAUCGUAGCUGUGCUUUGCGGUCUACUAACGGGACAGUUGUUUGUUGGGGGCAGGAUAAUUUUACUUUGCCUGCAGCUUUACAAGAGACUUAUUUUGUUUCAAUUGAAGCGAAACGAAGAGUUUUCUGUGGCGUUGAGAAAAGUAAUUUCUCUCUUUAUUGUUGGGGUGAAGGAAUUGAUAAUUUUAGAAUGGUUUUUGAGAAAGUAUUGCCAGGACCGUGUAGACGUGAUUGUCCAUAUGGCAUUUUGGAUGGGUCAGGCACUCUUUGUGGACAAAUGGGAUCUAUCUGUGAACCACUGCCACCGCCACCGCCACAACCGCAACAACCAUCUAGUCCUCAUCCUGCUCCACCUACACCUGCGCCUUCGCCACAGUCGGGAGAUGAAUCCUCGAGUGGUGGAGGCUCAGGCUGGAGUGCGAAAAUGGUGGUUCUCCUGGUGGUUGGUUGUGUCGGAUCAUUGUCUUUACUUCUAGUGUUUCUUUUCUUUCUCUACAGACAAUGCAAAGGUCGAGGAUGUCGCGUCCAUGACUCGGGACGCCUCGAUGAGGAUGGCGCACCAGCUGAACAAGGUUCCGGUCAACGCCAAAACCUGCCAUCGCAACCUGCAGGGCAACCGGUUCUCGAGAAGCGGCUUAGCCAAUUGGCCAGCAUGGGAAAUGCAGGUCACUUGGAGGAGUUUUCAUUACAAGUACUCCUUGAAGCUACGGAUAAUUUCUCGGCGAAUCACAAGAUUGGGACAGGAAGUUUUGGUUCAGUCUACUAUGGGAUUUUAGAUGAUGGGCGCCAAGUUGCCAUCAAGCGCGCUGAAGUGUUGAACACUUCAUCGAGAGUUGGCGGCACCAGGCUUCAGGAGGACAAAGAUCAUGCCUUCCUGAACGAGCUCGAAUCGUUGUCCCGCCUUCAUCACAAGAAUCUUGUGAGGUUAUUAGGCUUUUGUGAAGAUUGCGAUGAGCUUGUGUUGGUUUAUGAAUACAUGAUUAAUGGAACACUCCAUGAGCAUCUUCACAAGCUGGAAGACUCACCACUAAGGUCAUGGCCUACAAGGCUUAAGGUUGCAUUGGACGCAGCGAGAGGGAUUGAGUACCUCCACGAGUACUCUGUGCCCCAAAUCAUUCAUCGUGAUAUCAAGUCAUCGAACAUAUUGUUGGAUGACAUGUGGACCGCCAAAGUCUCGGAUUUUGGAUUGUCAAUGAUGGGUCCUGGAGAUGAUGAGUCUCACCUUUCAAUUCAUGCAGCUGGAACAGUUGGAUACAUGGAUCCUGAAUACUAUAGGCUCCAGAUAUUGACCACGAAAAGCGAUGUUUAUAGUUUUGGAGUUGUUUUGCUCGAAUUGUUAACUGGACAUACAGCGAUUCACAAGAAUGAGAAUGAAAUGCCGAGACAUGUGGUUGAUUUUGCGAUUCCUUACAUAGUUCAGGAUGAAAUCCAUAGAGUUUUGGAUCGAAAAGUGCCACCACCAACACCAUAUGAAAUAGAGGCAGUAGCAUAUGUUGGCUAUUUGGCUGUCGAUUGUGUAACACAAGCAGGAAGAGAUAGGCCUUCCAUGACUGAGAUUGUAAAUAGUUUAGAUAGGGCGUUAACCGCCUGCACGGUGCCUCUGCUAUUAUCCAGAUCCUCAACCAACUCUUCUACGUAAUACAACAUUCUGUAUAUCAGACGUAUCACGUCAUCAAUGUAGAGGAAACCCAUUUUUUUUGUUGAUACAUGUAAACAAUUUUUUACCAUUUCUUGAUUGAUUAGAGGUCAAAAAAGUGUACCAUAACAAACCUAUUUACACAACAUUUAUUUAUUUUUAAGUUGGGCAUA